GUUGCCAGCUCCCAGGGGGUUUGAUGGAGUGAGGAGGAUCCGGCCCUGAUCUGCUCCCCACGUUGCCACCUGACGACCCCUGUGGCGGGAUGGGUGAUCCGUUUGAUGAUAUGGAGAUGGAUGCAUGUUUUUCUUUCUCCUUUUUCCUGUUUCCUCUUUUUUCCUUUCUCUCUCUCUUUCCUUGUUUGUUUUGUUCUUGUUUUCUGUUUUUAUACUUGACGGUUUCCCCCGGCGGGCUCCGUCGGGCCGGGGGAGUGGGGCGGGAUGUGAGCUGUCGGGUGGAUCUGAACCGCCACAUACGCCCCCAUGACUUGUUUCUAUUGUGUUGCAUAUCGACGUGUCGCUACCAGGGGAGGAGGAGUGUAAUAUGGCGAGGCAGAUGGCCGAGUUCUUCUCGACUCCGAUGGGGACGGGGAAUGAGACCUCGCUGGUUCGAGGAUCGAUCGCCCCGAGUUCUUGUCACCGGAUUGGGAGGAUUUGGUCUCUCCUUGUGCAGGAUACCUGGCGACGGUGAUACCCGGUUGAAUGAUUUAUCUUAUUUCUAUCUAUUUCUUUGCCCCCUAUCCUCCUCUCUUUAUGUUGUUGCGUGAGUUUUGGCGGGCGAAUUUGAUGAUUCUUUUUUCCUGUCUUGUUUGUGAUACUUCCAAGUCCCGACGCCCUCUGCACCGUUCUGCUGUUUUCCCUUUUGAUUUUUGAUUUUUGAUUUUUUUUUUUGCCUCUGUUUCUCAAGAUGUAAUUAUAUGUGGUAUGGGAUCCCUACAGACCGGAAGAUGGUGGAUGAGGGGGUUCCAUCAAUGAGAUGCUCAUUGUCAUGGUGUUUUGAGCAACACGGACAGUUGCCAUUGACUUGAUGUAGUGGAAGUUGGUGGAACGGACGAUUAUUUAAUACUAAUUUUAAUCAUGGCAGUGACGAUUUGACA